GCAGCACUCUCACAUUGAUUGAUCAUCCCCGUAUUAUAAACCCAGGAUUGCCUCUUCUUCCAGGAACCCCCUCAACAAAAGGAAACUCUCAUUCACCUUCUUCUCUCUCCCUCACUCCCUCUCUUUCUUAAUACACCACCUUCCCAACCCUCUUCCAUUCUCCUUCUCCAACUCCAACCCCUGCUUCCCUUUUUUCAUUUUCUCACUCCCCAUCUUCUGAGAGUGAUGGGUGUUUGCUACCGCUGUUCCCACACCUCCCACAUCACCGCCAUCAUCAUCACCAGCUUCUUCCGCCACAAGCCUUAGAAUUAUACUAUUCCCACCCUCCCUCUUUCUUCAACAACAACCGUUGACUUCACUACAGUCACGUGGUCUUUCUCUGAGGAUCCAACCAUGGCGGCUGGAACUGUCUUCUGCGCUGCUGCUACUGCUGCUUCUAAUUUGACAACAACCACUUUUCUUCACAACCAAACACCUCCUUCCACCUCCUCUCAGCCUCCUCUCGAUUCUCUUUUCCUCUCUGCCUCUUCCCCUUUCCUCGGUUCAAGAUCUAUAGUGAGUUUUGGAGAUGUUCAAGGAGGGAAGGGGUGCAAUGAUUCAUUCUUCCGCCCCUAUGAUGAGAAUGGGGAUGAGGACAUGGACGAGUACUUCCACCAGCCUGAGAAGAAGCGCAGGCUCUCCGUGGAGCAAGUGAAGUUUCUUGAGAAGAGCUUUGAUGAGGAGAACAAGCUCGAGCCCGAGAGGAAGAUUUGGCUAGCCAAGGAACUCGGCUUGCAGCCUAGGCAGGUGGCGAUUUGGUUUCAGAACCGCCGCGCGCGCUGGAAGACCAAGCAGAUGGAAAAGGACUAUGAUUCCCUGCAGGCUAGUUACAAUGAUCUCAAGGCUAACUAUGACAACCUUCUCAGGGAAAAGGAUAAACUCAAAGCUGAGGUGGCAAGGCUCACUGAGAAGGUGCUUGGAAGAGAGAAAAAUGAGAGUCACUUGGAACAGGCUGAAACCAACGGAUUGCAGGAGCCGCUGCACAAGUCUUUGGUUGAUUCAGCUUCUGAGGGUGAAGGGUCCAAAGUGACCUUUGAGGCUUGUAAACAGGAGGACAUUAGCUCAGCCAAGAGUGACAUAUUUGAUUCAUCAGAAAGCCCACAAUACACUGAUGGAGUUCACUCUGCACUUCUAGAGACUGGUGAUUCUUCUUAUGUGUUCGAACCUGAUCGAUCUGAUGUGUCUCAGGAUGAAGAAGAUAACUUGAGCAAGACCCUUCUGCCUCAUUACAUUUUUCCCAAGCUUGAAGAUGUUGAUUACUCCGACCCACCUCAUGGUUCAUGUAAUUUUGGAAUUCCGGAGGAAGAUCAAGCCAUUUGGUCUUGGCCUUACUGAAUUUUCUCUAUAGCAUAUAGAGCAUGUCUCUACCUUCUACUCUCAAGUUCUUCUGUUUAAACUUGAGAUCAUGUGGUAGAAAAGGGUGAGUUAAUAAUAAGCCAAAGAAAAAAUGGCACUCUACUGGUUUGUUCCCAAUGGUGGUUUCUUGCCAGCUUUUUUUUUUUUUUUUUUUACUUUGCAAUGUAACUUUUGGUUCAAAUGUAAAUAAAUAAUAUCUUCUUGUUGAGGAUGUAGCUCUGAAUAUCACUUCAAGGAUGAAUUUACAUAGCAAAUUAGAUGAGAAAAAUGGGAAGAUAAAAAAAGGUUAUGUUUUCAA